AUGUUUUCACAUCAAACGCCUGAACAUGCCUAUAACAUGUGCACGAUUCCGUCCACAGGAACUCAGCAGUUGCUCGUGCAAUCCAUCGGAUGCGUGCUCACUCUCUAUCAAGGCGAUCAGUGUGUAUUCUCUCGUUCUCCGUUGCCAGCUCUCCAUCCUGGACCAGUAUCCUAUUGCUACCCGUCGUCCUCCUUAGUUACUUCAAAUGGAGGACAACUGCAUAGUGUGAAGUUCAGCCUGCUAGCAGGUCUUGGCAACACCGGCAAAAGGGUUACGUUCGAUUGGACCUUCAAUUUGGGAGACACGUGCGUAGACAUGGCGAUGGAGGACACGCCACCGAUUCAACCAUCCAUUAUCUGCCUUUGCCGCUACACCGUCUAUUGUCUUACCACUGGUGGUACCGUACGAUGGCAGAUUCGCCUCGAACGUGUCGGAACUGCACUCAUGGUCUACAAUACUGGAAGUGGGUUCAGUAGAGUCUCACUAAGUUGCUGGUUUCAUUCGAGACACUUUUCAGAGGAGACUCCCUCUAUCCGCCUUUGUGUAACGACUAGUUCAAAUUCUCUGCUGGUAUUUAUGGACAACAGAUUGAUGUGGAAUAGCCAAACUGAGGACACAGUCGUAGCAAUCAAGCUGAGUAGUUACAGGUAUCGCAAU